AUGCUCCGUCAUUUUCGGACGCGCAGCAUGAGCAACUUUACCGUCACGACGUACCAAGCCGCGGACCUCCAGCGCCUCCAGAGCCAGCGGGCCGGCGAGACGCGGCUCGGCCAAGCGGUGCAGUUCGUCAACCCGGACGUCCCGCUGCCGGCGGCGCUCGCAUCCGCGCAGGCGAACGGAGCCAAGUAUGCGAUCUUCGGUGUGCCCGAAGACGUCGGGCCGCGGGCCAACUUUGGCAACGGCGGCGCGGACCUCGGGUUUCAAGCUUUCCUUGGCCGCUUCCUCAACGUCCAGGCCAACCAGUUUGUGCGUGCGCACGAGAUCCUCCUCCUCGGCGAACUCAACUUGCACGACGUGCAGCAGCAGGCCGCGUCGCUCUCGUCCAGCGACCCGGACCAGCUCGAAACGCUGCGCAAGUGCGUCUCGAUCGUCGACGAGCGCCUCACGGCCGUGGCCAAGCUCGUCUUUGACGCGCAACUGACGCCGAUCGUGAUUGGCGGCGGCCACAACAACUCGUACCCGUUGCUAAAAGCAUUGUCGCAGUCGGCCGGCGUCAGCGCGGACGCGGUCAACCUCGACCCGCACUGCGACUUCCGCCUCCUUGAAGGUCGCCACAGCGGCAACGGCUUUAGCUACGCCCAAUCCGAAAAGUACCUCGACAAGUACUUUGUCAUGGGCCUCCACGAGCUCAAGAACGCGCAGAGCGCGCUCGACCAGAUGCAAGCCGCGGGCGCGAGUUUUUGCAGCUACCAGGAAAUGUUCCUCCGGCGCGAGUCGACGUUUGCGCAAGGGAUCGACAAGGCGAUCGCGUACGUUGGUGGCGCACACAGCACCAAGCCCCUCGGCAUCGAAGUCGACACGGAUAGCAUCAGCGGUAUGCCCGUGAGCGCCAUGACCAACUGCGGCAUCUCGGUCGCGGAUGCCGAGUACUACGUCUACCGCCUCGCGCAGCUGCCGCGCGCGCGCUACUUGCACCUCGCCGAAGCCGCGCCCGGGCAGCACCCCGCGGGUCUCAAGGCCGGCAUGAGCGAGGCCGGUCAGAUCUUGACCGCGCUCGUCCUUGCCUUUGUUCAACACCAUUAA